GCACUGAACCAAACAGCGGGCUAACAAAUCUAGCCUGAGAGCCGGUUGAGCCGGGUAAGCCCAAGGGAAGCCUGUGAAGGAUUGGAGUGCUGGAUAACUGACGGUAUGAGUCCGGCCUCCUCGUUGACGGCCCCGGAUGCGGAUCCGGCCAACGUGCUGCGGAUCUUGGUGGCCACCGAUAACCACGUGGGCUACGAUGAGCGACAGAAAUGGGGCCAAGAUGCCCUUAUCACGCUCCGAGAAAUCAUGCAAAUGGCCAAAGACCAACAGGUGGAUUUCGUGCUCUUGGGUGGAGAUCUGUACGACAAGAAUCGCCCAUCGCGCUUCACCGAAAUGAAGACCGUCGAGAUCUUCCGCGAGUUCGUGAUGGGUGAUGCGCCCAUCGCCCUCGAAUUUGUCUCCGAUCCCGAGGUCAAUUUCGGCACCCGCACCCAUCGACACGCCCCGCUCGUCCAGGAGGUCAACUUCAUGAACCCCAACCUCAAUAUCGCCCUGCCCGUGUUUAGUAUUCACGGCAAUCAUGACGAUCCCGUGGGCAUGGGCGAGUAUUCGGCCAUGGAUCUACUCCACACCGCGGGCUUGGUCAACUAUUUUGGCCGCAUUGAUAACCCUGAUCCGACCCGACCGCCCGCCACCUCCGGCGACAAGCCCGUCGAGAUCUCGCCCUUACUUUUCAAGAAAGGUACGGCCAAAUUGGCCUUGUACGGCAUGUCCGCCAUCUCGAAUGAUCGGGCUCAUCGCUUAUUCCGCCAUGAUCUCGUCACGUUUCCUCGACCCGCCGAAGACACUGAGGAUUGGGUGAACGUGUUCGUAGUCCACCAAAAUCGGGCCGAAUACAACCCCAAGUCGAAUCUGCCCAUUGAAUGUCUACCCGCUCAUUUGGAUCUCGUCAUUUGGGGCCACGAACACGAGUGUCGCAUUAUUCCCGAAGAACACGCGGUUCGGGAGGGUCAGUCGGUGAUGGUGUGUCAACCGGGUUCCUCGGUAGCCACGUCACUCAUUCACGGGGAAGCCAAACCCAAACAUGUGGGUCUACUCAAGAUCAGCUCCGAAGGAUUUGCCAUCACCCCGUUGCCAUUGAAAACCAUCCGUCCGAUGAUCAUCAAGACCUUGGACAUUGAAAAAGAGCUCGAGCACAUUCGCGGCAACGAGCCCGAAAAGUAUAUCCACAACGAGGUUGAAAAGUUCUUGCGACAAACGGUGGAAGAGAUAUUGGAAACCCAACUGGACUCACUCGUCACCGGUCAUCCCGAUCAGCCCCGAGUGCCGCGGAUCCAACUCAAGGUUGAAUACACCGAUCCCAAGUUCGUGAUCAAUGCCGUGCGAUUCGGCGGCUAUUACAGUAAACGAGUAGCUCAACCUGAGAAGUUGAUUCUGUUCAAGACACGGCGGUUGAAAUCGGACCCCAAUGGUACGGACGUGGCCAUGGACCGCGAGUCGUUAGCGUCCAUUAUACAGAGAACGGGUAGCUCCAUUGAAGAGCAUGUGACGAAGUAUUUUCAAACCACGCAGGAUGACAAGGCUCAGUUAAAACUCUUAAGUAUCAAAGGCAUGGCCGAGGGCGUAACCUAUCACGUGGACAAGGAUUAUAAAAGUGGCAUCGAGGAACUCGUUACCAUGAAUAUAGAUAAGGCCGUGGAAUCGCUACUCAAAAUGGGGGACGAGGCCGAGGACCCCACCGACCAAGUGGUGGAUGAGGCUUUGAGCCGGCUGCUAGGGGUCAAACGCAAACCCAUCCAAACAGAAGAAGAGACUCGGCGGUAUCUGGAGGAGAAGCGGGUCACAGCACGGAAACGCGGUCCCAGUGUCAAGUCGGCGGGCGCCAUGCUCGAUUCCGAUGUGGAGGAGGAAGAGGAAGACGGUCGGGGGGUGCUUGGCGGAUUUGCCUCAGAUGAAGAAACGUCCAACGGGUCUAACAGAGGCCGAGGACGGGGACAACGAGGGCGAGGACGCGCUACUCGAGCCCGGGGCUCUCGGGGGACGCCGGCGGCCAACCGAACCGCGACCAAAACCUCGGCCCGUAGUUCUAAAAAUACGAGCAUCGCAAGCUUUUUUAGUCAGAACACCUCUGCUUCAUCAUCCUCUCGGACCAAGAAAUCGGUGGUAUACGAAUCCGAUUCAGACUGACACAUGUGCUACGAUUAGUAAAUGGUUUUAAGAUCCGCACAAUAAAAUUGACACGUCGUCUUUUCCAGGGGACAUCACGUUA